AUGUCGUUUACGGAGGAGGUGAGUGAUGCACCAAUCAGCAUCACAGGGGAGAUGUGGGUAUGCGCUGACAGCACAGGGCCUUCGAAGGUUGGGGCUGGUCGCGGCCUCAAGAACUUCAUCACCAUCGAGAAGGAUCUCUUCUGCGCUUACUCCUCUCGCAGUGCGCAGAGUAAGCAGACCAAGCAAGUCGCCUUUCGUAGCAUGAAGCGUGUCGCAUGGUUUACGCAUCGCCCUACGCCGCCAGUGCGCGGGUCGUCAGCGAGCACCACCACUGCCGCACUGCGUCGCCGCGGCAGCAAGGACGUGCUCACGGUGUACUACUAUCUUGUAUUGGAGUUUCUGCGUGACAACACAUGCCCUGGCACCGUGUCCCUGGGCAAGCGCGAACGCAUCGUUCUCUGCACAGAUGAUCAGCAGGACUUUUUAAUCUGGCGAAAGUUUGCCGACCUCUACGGGAGUUCACUUGUUCACGAAGGGCUUGUGGAGGGCCGCGAGAAGAGGUCCCUGAAGUCACAAAGGAAUGCAGAUGGCGUGCCAGAUCACGACGAUACCACUUCGAGUGACGACGACGGCGAAGGCCAUGGCCUCAGCGGCGGCGCUGUAUGUCGACGCUCCCUCGACCUGUGGAAGAAUCGAUGUGUGGCGUUGCUCAACGACUUUGCUCACUUAUCAAAUCCGUCCUUACAGGUCAAAAGCGCGGACAUCUUCGAAGCGCCGGCGGACUGCGGUGGGCUCAGCUGGGACGCUCAUGCGGAGUCCGUGCUGCAUGCUAUCGAGCAAGGCAUGCACCCUCUGAUGAAGGUGGUACCAGCCAAGUCUUCUGAGGACCGUAUUGUCGGUCUGUCGUCUUUGUUGUCCUCGCCGUCGACCACUCCGGCCAGCAUAUUGCCUGGUGCGUCAGCGACGGCAGCGAUGGUAACGCACGUCGAUGAGAUGCAGUCGCAGGCGGACAACCUGCGGAUGGAGCUGAGACGGUUUCAGGAGGUUACUGGUGAGGUGGGAUCAUUAGUAGAAGGCAGUAAACUGAAGGCAACAAUGAUGUCGCCUGACACAUUGCAUGCUUACCUAGAGCGGCUGAGGAAGGUUCUGACGUCAUCAGAACCAGCUAAUAACGUCGCGACACAGCGAGUGGACAAGACGGUGACCAAGACAAGUGUAGCGUCCGCCGACCUUGCAAAGCUGGAGGGCGUUUGUAAAGCUGCCGUGCGGAGCUUUACAGAGAAGGUGAGCACCAAUGCUCUUCCUCUCUCAGAGGAGUCAAACCGCCAAAAAGCAAAACAGCAGGAGCAGGAAGAGCUUCCUCAGCGUAUGGAAACGGUCGUUGCGGUUCUUCUCGACGAGCUCGCGCGCGCCACCGCAGAUGUGCGCUCCCUAAAGGCGUCUCUUGCCCAAAGCACAGCCCUCACCGAACCUUCACCGGCUCGAAACUUGUCGGUGGAGCUGAAUGAGCUUCGCAGAGUACUCAACCGGAAAGAAUUGGAGGUGGAAACGCUUCAGCAACAAAACUUUGACGCGAACCGCCAGACAAAACAGCUCUCUCGCAGGCUCGAAGAGGUGGUUUUCUCGUACGGCGAGGUAGCGCAUGACAUGCUGCGGUCCCAAUACCGCGAAUACGCGUCACUGCGGAGCUUGUUUCUCCCAGCGCUCUGCGGUGAGGUGCCUCUCGACAGUUCGACAGCCACCGAGGUAUCUUUUGCUGCGAGCAGCUCAUUCGAUGGAAUACGCGAGGCCCGUCCCACGAGCUAUUCACAGGUCCCCUCUAGUGGCAUGCAGAAGCUGGUCAUCUCUACUGCUCAUUUGGAGGCAAUCCAAGCCCUCGAGCAGGAACGCAGUGCUGCACGCGAGAGACAACGCGAGCUCGAGGAGGUGAUGAAGGAGUUAGAGGUCCUAAGACAGGAGCGCGAUGAAGAGAUCGCCAACCUAAAGUACAACUUUCUCGCAGCCGAGGAGGCGUGGGAGAGGGACAUGGCCAUUCUUCAAGCGAAGCUGUCUGCAGUGCAAUCUGCUGUUCCGCAAGGGGUGGACCUGCUAUCCAACGCUUUGCUGACAAACAAUACCACCGAGAAGUCCGGCAUCGCCCAGAAGCUUACAUCUACGCCGUUGCAUGAUACUGCUGCGCCUGUAGACGUUCCAGAGAGCCCCCUCAUCGUGGCACAGAUGGCCGUCAAAAGGCAAGAACGACUUAAAGAGCUGGCAACACUUUUGGGAACGACCCCAAGCGAGACGAGCCUUGAGGAUGAUGUCGCCUACCAACGCCUCCAGGACUUCUACACAUGGGCACGUGAGGUUGUAGCUCCUCUUAGUACAACUUCCUCAUUUGAAGGAUCACUGCUAGACAUGAUCACCAGCAUUGUCCACGCCUACCAGGCAGUGUUGCAGCAGGCAUCCACCAUCUACACCGAUGCCACAUCAAGCAAAGACGACAGUUCACUCAAUCUGGCUGACAUUAUGAAAAACGAGCACGACCAACUCGAAAAGCUUUGGAAAAUCAUAGACGAACACUUGCUAACUCAAGAACUUCGCAACGCGCUUGUGAGCAGUACUCCACAGCCACUAGAAGAACGUGCGGCUCUCUCUUUUUCUUCCCCACCAACCGUCGCGGAACUCGACCAACUCCCGCCACUCAUACAACAUGUGAGCUCCAAUGCAGCACUCUAUUUCCAGCUGCAGCUGCGGAGUGGUGAAAUACCAUUGGCUCUCUAUAUUCAGCAUCUCGAAAACAAAUUGGAGCAACUAGAGCAAAAACUUCAGCAAAAUGACGUACAACAAAAAAUAAUCGAGGACCGUUCAGCAACGCACCAGCCACUCCCGCAAAACACUUCACCACAUAACGACCCUAUUCACCUCCGAGGCUCUUUGCCGGACGUGGAGGCGUCGCCGUCGGAGCCCUGCGGUGCUGUGAUUGCGCGCGCCGCCGCCGGUGCCGCGGAGCGCGAGCGAGUGCUGCGCGCGGACCUCGCUGCCGCGGAGGAGCGCCAGCAGGCGGUGGAGAGCCGGCUGGAGGCGGCGAGGACGGAGCAGGAGCGGGUGGAGGCGGACCGCGAGGAGCUGCGGGAGGGCGUGGCCGACGCGCUGGCUGCGCUAGGCGUGGAGGCGUCGCCGUCGGAGCCCUGCGGUGCUGUGAUUGCGCGCGCCGCCGCCGGUGCCGCGGAGCGCGAGCGAGUGCUGCGCGCGGACCUCGCUGCCGCGGAGGAGCGCCAGCAGGCGGUGGAGAGCCGGCUGGAGGCGGCGAGGACGGAGCAGGAGCGGGUGGAGGCGGACCGCGAGGAGCUGCGGGAGGGCGUGGCCGACGCGCUGGCUGCGCUAGGCGUGGAGGCGUCGCCGUCGGAGCCCUGCGGUGCUGUGAUUGCGCGCGCCGCCGCCGGUGCCGCGGAGCGCGAGCGAGUGCUGCGCGCGGACCUCGCUUCCGCGGAGGAGCGCCAGCAGGCGGUAGAGAGCCGGCUGGAGGCGGCGAGGACGGAGCAGGAGCGGGUGGAGGCGGACCGCGAGGAGCUGCGGGAGGGCGUGGCCGACGCGCUGGCUGCGCUAGGCGUGGAGGCGUCGCCGUCGGAGCCCUGCGGUGCUGUGAUUGCGCGCGCCGCCGCCGGUGCCGCGGAGCGCGAGCGAGUGCUGCGCGCGGACCUCGCUGCCGCGGAGGAGCGCCAGCAGGCGGUGGAGAGCCGGCUGGAGGCGGCGAGGACGGAGCAGGAGCGGGUGGAGGCGGACCGCGAGGAGCUGCGGGAGGGCGUGGCCGACGCGCUGGCUGCGCUAAGCGUGGAGGCGUCGCCGUCGGAGCCCUGCGGUGCUGUGAUUGCGCGCGCCGCCGCCGGUGCCGCGGAGCGCGAGCGAGUGCUGCGCUCGGACCUCGCUGCCGCGGAGGAGCGCCAGCAGGCGGUGGAGAGCCGGCUGGAGGCGGCGAGGACGGAGCAGGAGCGGGUGGAGGCGGACCGCGAGGAGCUGCGGGAGGGCGUGGCCGACGCGCUGGCUGCGCUAGGCGUGGAGGCGUCGCCGUCGGAGCCCUGCGGUGCUGUGAUUGCGCGCGCCGCCGCCGGUGCCGCGGAGCGCGAGCGAGUGCUGCGCGCGGACCUCGCUGCCGCGGAGGAGCGCCAGCAGGCGGUGGAGAGCCGGCUGGAGGCGGCGAGGACGGAGCAGGAGCGGGUGGAGGCGGACCGCGAGGAGCUGCGGGAGGGCGUGGCCGACGCGCUGGCUGCGCUAGGCGUGGAGGCGUCGCCGUCGGAGCCCUGCGGUGCUGUGAUUGCGCGCGCCGCCGCCGGUGCCGCGGAGCGCGAGCGAGUGCUGCGCUCGGACCUCGCUGCCGCGGAGGAGCGCCAGCAGGCGGUGGAGAGCCGGCUGGAGGCGGCGAGGACGGAGCAGGAGCGGGUGGAGGCGGACCGCGAGGAGCUGCGGGAGGGCGUGGCCGACGCGCUGGCUGCGCUAGGCGUGGAGGCGUCGCCGUCGGAGCCCUGCGGUGCUGUGAUUGCGCGCGCCGCCGCCGGUGCCGCGGAGCGCGAGCGAGUGCUGCGCUCGGACCUCGCUGCCGCGGAGGAGCGCCAGCAGGCGGUGGAGAGCCGGCUGGAGGCGGCGAGGACGGAGCAGGAGCGGGUGGAGGCGGACCGCGAGGAGCUGCGGGAGGGCGUGGCCGACGCGCUGGCUGCGCUAGGCGUGGAGGCGUCGCCGUCGGAGCCCUGCGGUGCUGUGAUUGCGCGCGCCGCCGCCGGUGCCGCGGAGCGCGAGCGAGUGCUGCGCUCGGACCUCGCUGCCGCGGAGGAGCGCCAGCAGGCGGUGGAGAGCCGGCUGGAGGCGGCGAGGACGGAGCAGGAGCGGGUGGAGGCGGACCGCGAGGAGCUGAGGGAGGGCGUGGCCGACGCGCUGGCUGCGCUAGGCGGGAGGCUCGCGUCGAGCCUGCGGCAGCA